AUGUAUGCCUCCCCGUCGGCCUCGGAGCAGCGGUACCUCUUUGACAUCUCCAGCCUGCCUGAGGCAGAGGAGGUGACGGGCGCGGAGCUGCGGAUCCUGCGCUCGGUGCCCGAGAACCGGAGCCUGGCGCUGUCCGCCGAGGGCUCCUUCCACCGCCUCCUGCUCGCCGCCUGCCCCGCCCGGGACGGCGAGGAGCCCCGGCUGCUGGACUCCCGCGCCGCGGACCUUCUGGACGCGGGCUCCUCCCGAUGGGAGGUGUUUGAUGUCCGGGAGGCCUUGCGGGCCCGGAGGGAGAGCUCGGCCUCGGGGCAGCUGCUGUGCUUCCAGCUGCGGGUGGUGUCGGACGGCUCGGGGCAGGCGCUGCCCCCCGGGCAGCUGGGCUUCGGCAAGCCCCGGCCUCAGCCCCACGAGCGGGCCCUGCUCGUGGCCUUCUCCCGCACGCAGAGGAAGGAGAACCUCUUCAAGGAGAUCCGGGAUAAGAUCAAGGCCCUGGGCAGCCCCCCCUUCCUGGAGCCCCCCGAUCCCGGGCAGGAGGCGUUCCUGAGGCGCAGGAAGAGGAGGACCACCACUGCGGCCCGCUCCGGGGGCAGAGGCCACGGCAAGAAGGCCAAGACGCGCUGCAGCAGGAAGCCCCUGCACGUGAACUUCAAGGAGCUGGGCUGGGAUGACUGGAUCAUCGCCCCCCUGGAUUACGAGGCCUACCACUGCGAGGGGGUCUGCGACUUCCCGCUGCGCUCCCACCUGGAGCCCACCAACCACGCCAUCAUCCAGACCCUGAUGAACUCCAUGGACCCCGAGUCCACCCCCCCGAGCUGCUGCGUGCCCUCCAAGCUCAGCCCCAUCAGCAUCCUCUACAUUGACUCUGGGAACAACGUGGUUUACAAACAGUACGAGGACAUGGUCGUGGAGACGUGUGGCUGCAGGUAGCAAUUUCUGCAGCUCUCCCUAUCCCUCCUGGCCUUGCUCAGCAGC